CAAGCUAUGAUCAAAAAUAAAAAAAUUAAAAAAAUCAUGAGUUAGCUUUUGUUGAAUGUUGAAUCGGGAAAAGACCUAUCUAAAUAAUAAGCGGGGUUUUCUAUCCUGAUGCUACUUGUGGACUUCUUGUACUUGUUUAUCGGAAGUAUAUUUCUUUUUGGAAUAAUAUCAGCAGAGUCGCGAAUUUAUGUAGUGCGCAAUCAACCAUUUGAUGGACUUGUAGAUAGUUUCCAAGAUGCUGUCAGCGUUUUUGGACCUGAAAUUUUUCACAGAGAUGGUUAUCUUGUAGUCGCAAAGCCAGCUGAUGCUUGUACUGAUAUUCAACCACCUCCAUCAAACUUCAGUGGACAAGAUGUCAACAGAAGUGCACCUGUCGUUUUCAAUUCAUAUUUUGCCUUGAUAAGACGUGGGAAAUGUGAUUUCGAUUUAAAGGCAUGGAAUGCUCAACAGAAAGGUUACAGAGGAGUUAUAGUUUACAAUACAGUUGAUGGAAAAAUAUUUCCGAUGAAUGGUCGAAAAUACGUUAACCUAAUUACCAUCCCAUCUGUCAUGGUGGAUAAAAGUGCCGGGCUGAAGUUAAUGCGUUAUUCCGUUGAUAACAAUUCAAAGGAGUUUAUGAUAAAUAUGGUCAGCUUUUAUGGUCUACCGUUGAAAUAUGUACUUCUUGCACUACUGAUUGUUGUUGGCAUUUCACUGUUAAUCCUUGUGAUUUCAUUUGUUAUUCAUUUGUGCCGAUUUUGGCGUCGAAUUAAUCGUGGUCGUCUGUCACGACGACAUUUACGUCGGUUGGUUAUUAAACGCUUUGCCAAAGGUUUGGAUCCAUAUGAUGUAUGCUCAAUUUGCUUGGAAGAUUAUGCUGAACGUGAUAAACUACGCUUAUUGCCUUGUCAACAUGCUUUUCAUAUGAAAUGCAUAGAUCCUUGGCUGUUAUGCAAUCGUCGACGUUGUCCAAUAUGUAAUCAAAUAGUCCAACUACCAGGUGCACCUGCUAUGCCUGAUGAAAGUGAUGUCGAGGUGGUGAAUGAUAAUGAUCGAUUAGCAUCUAUCCCAAGACGAUUGUAUAAUUUUAUCAGACGUCGUAAUAGUUAUGAUCGUGAUAAUCGACGGGCGUCUGUAGAAUCUCAACAGUCUAAUGGACAUUAUGAAGCUGGUGAAGAAAGAACUCCGUUACUCUUCAAUACAGGGAGUACAGUUGAAUGUCAUACUUGUAAUGAUGAUACUGGUAUGCAUAAUUCUUAUCUAGAAUCAAGGCAUCCUAAAACAACACAAUCAUCGUUUCGUCAAGUUGAUGAUGAAGAUGAUGAGCUGGUUGAUGUUAAAUCAUCACCAACAUCAUCAUCGUCAGGUCGUUCGAGUUCCAGUCCACCAGCUAUUGAAUCUCAAAGUCUAUGCAAUAAUAAUGAUAAUAAUAAUUGCAAUGAGACAAUGAAUAUCUCAUCUUCAACUUCAUCGAGUCAUUUAUUGCCUAAUGUAAUAAAAUCUACCAGUCCACAAUCACUAUCACCAUCAGUACAACCAGGUGAUAGUAAUCAAGGCACAGGUGUCUUAUCUUCAUCUCCUCAAAAUAAUUCUACAUUAGCGCCAAAUGUUUCAACUACAACAGUUACAUCAUCAACUCCAACAACAACGGCAACAACAACAAGGGAUGAUUCUGGCGAGGAUGAUCUAUUACUAACCGAUGUAAAUGUGAAGACUGCAUAGGUUGGUUGACCUGCUCACCUAUUCACAAUAACAUACAUGAACACUCUGUGUCUGUGUUUAUCGUUUGUUUGUUUGUUUGUCGGUUUGUUUAUCUCAUUUAUGCACACACACCCACACACACACACACGAAGUAAACAUUGACAUUUUGAUCAUUAUUCAUAAUUUUAAACUUGUUUGUGAUAAAGAGAUGUGGGUGAUGUCAUAAAGUAACAAGGUGGUCAACGUAUUCUCGUCUAUACCACACACACACACAAAUACACACAAACUGACAUACAAUUACUAACUAGACAUAAUGACUUUCAUUUAUUGUUUAUUCAUUAUUAUUACCAUUAUUAUUAUUAUUAUUAUUAUUAUUAUUAUUAUUACUGUUAUUUUUCUAAUUGAUAUUGUAAUUUUCCCCUGGUACACAUAUAUAUGCAUUAUCGAUUUAUCACCAAAAUGUGACCAAUAUAUAUUUGAUUGCACCGAUUAUUGUGUAUGCUCGCCUUGCUCACAAUGUGUUUUGAGUGAAUGCAAACCAUUCAUUAUUGCGCGUGCGUGCGUGUAUGCUUGGGCGUGUGUGUGUGUGUGUGUGUAUGAGAGCAUCGUCAACUUAAUCACUGGUAGUGACUGAUUGAUUCACUCUCUCAUAUUUUAACAGUUUACAAUUUGAGGAAUAUCUUAUUUUUUAAUUAAUUUUUUUUGUUGUUGCUUAGUUGUGAUUAUUUGUUUGUUUGUUUUUAUAUUUGCUUGAUGUUGUUGUUGUUAUUGUUGUUUGUAAAAUUUUGUCAAUUGGUUGGUUCAUAAGAGUGAGUACUUUUCGAGUUCUCCUUUGAGUUUACCAUUAUAUAUAUACGUAUAGUUCAGUGUUCUAGUUUGUUUGUAUGUGUGUUUGUGAGUGUGUGUGUCUGUUAUAUCACAGCAAGUUUUCAGUUCUUAAUAAUAUUCCCUGAAACAAAUGUAGACAUAAAGAUCAUCUACAAUUCGGUUAGAGGUGAAGAAGGCGGAGAGGAUGUGUGUUUUUUUAACUGAGAAGAAGAAGAUAGAUGACUGACAAAAUGAAAAGUACUCUCUAAUUAUAUUUUGGCUUUAUUUGUAUU